GUGCGCUGACGCGGUGACCGUUACCAACAGGACAGUUCUCCGGUGGGGGCGGGGCAAGGGAAGCGUCCUGAGUCACCAUGGAAACGGGGUCCAGAAGCAGUCCUAGCUGCGGGAAGGAAUCCCACGAAAUCUGCUCCCCUGGAUUACUGGUGUUCACCGGCUGUUCAGAGCAGGAUGCCAACUUGGCUAAGCAGUUUUGGCUCGGGGCGUCCAUGUAUCCCCCUACCGAAUCUCAGCUGGUGCUGACCAGAGACAGCCAUCAGAGGCUACCGGUGGCGAGGCAGUCUAAAGCCCAUGUGAGGGAGAAAAGUCCUGCCCGGCCCUUCCCCUUUCAUCGUAACAAGGAGAUGAAUUUCUUUGCUAAAGCCCAAAGGAUUCAAGAAUCUGAAGAGAAAGCAAAGUAUCUACAAAAGGCAAAAAAGAGAGAUGAGAUUCUCCAACUCUUACAAAAACAAAGAGAGGAGAGAAUCGCGAAAGAACUGAUUUCAUUACCUUAUAAACCCAAGGCUAAAGUAUCUGAAGUAAAGGAAGUCUCAUCAGAGUCAGACAAACAGGACCAAGAAGAAGUCAAAGCCUUGGAAUGAUUUGAUUGACAUAUGGUAGCAGAUGACUGACAUGUAUUCACCUGUGAAGUAAAUUAUGCUUACAUCGAGAUCACUAGGUAAAAGAUGUGCAUAUUUCCAGAAAUUUGACAAUUACUGAACAUCCAUGCUAAAAUAGACUAAAAUAAAAGUUAAGA